AUGGGAGCCGGGGACCUCGGAUACGGGGGGCCCGAGAACAUCUUCGUCGCGUUCUACGUGACGUCGGACGAAGACCGCCCGCCUCUCGACGGUGGGCAGCGGUGUUUCUGGCGUAGACUUCGCUAUGCGCCAGGACCGCCCAAAUCCUCCGACGAUGUUUGGCGCGGGCCUCCUAGGGGGGCCAUCGGGGGCCGCCACCGACCCGGGCCUACCUCGACCUCGUGUGCAACUCCUUCGAGCGCGUCGUCGUCGCGGAAACGUCACUUCGUCGAUCGCGUUCGCCGCCGCUGCAGGGCCCCACCCCCAACCAAACCAUCAGUGUGCCUCAAGAGUGUGUGCCUCAAGAGCGCGUGCUUCAAGAGCAUGUCCCUCAAGCCCGUGUGCCUCAAGACCCCCGGGGAUAGCGCAGGCCUCUUCGUGGCCCCCGGGACUAGUACCUGCUGUUUCAAGACGCGGGGAAGCCAACUGCGCUCGACCGUGUCAUCCCGCGGUCUUGUAGAGUGCACCAACGAGCGCGUCGUCGUCGUCGCGGAAACGUCACUUCGUCGAUCGCGUUCGCCGCCUCUGCAGGGUCCCACCCUUGUGUGACUCAAGACGGUGUGCCGCCGCCUCAAGACGGCGUGCCGCCGCUUCAAGAUGGUGUGCCGCCGCCCCAAGACGGUGUGCCUCAAGAUCGCGUGCCUCAAGAUUCCCGAGGAUGGCGCAGGCCUUUUCGCGGCCCUCGGGAUAAGUACCCGCCGUCGCCGCGCUGCCUGGGCGACGGUGGGGAAACUACAGUCGAAACCCUCUUAACACAUACCUCUCGUAGCCCAUAACCUGGGAUAACCCAUGCCUUUUUGGCUUUCCCGAGUUGGGAUAGGGGGAAGUCGACCCCAUACCCCAUGAACCUGUAAUACCACAUAACCCAUACAGGCGUCGGAAAAAAUCCCAUAGGUAUACCUUAC